AAAAUGAGAUUAGUUCGAAGCGGAAAUAUAUCGACAAGCGUGGCGAAAAUAUUGCUUACAUAAAAUCAGCAUCACAUAUCAUAACGAACCGAUGGCUUGAGUAGCGGCAGUCACAUGUUUAUCAAUGUUCUAAUUCAAGAUACUGAUGAACAACAAACCUACGGAGUAGAACUAACUGAAUAAUAUCUCUGUUCAGCAUUUUGCUAUUACAUAUCAACACAAUUGGAAAAGUAACACUCGAAAAAACAAGGUAGCAUAUUUCAAUUACAACACCAUACAUCGAUAUGUUGACCGAUAGAUCAUAUUUCGCAUUCGAUUAAUUGGAUAACCAUAAUUCUAUCCAGGGGCGAGAUAAUGCGGGGUAGCUCCAAACAUUAAAAGCUCCUCGAUGACGUCGUUGUCAUUUCAUGCAUACAUGCAACUGGAGAGUGCAAAAUCUUGCCUGUAGUUUCCAGCAUUUCUCAACAUAUCUACAAACAAACACCAUUUUCAGCUGAUAUUAUUUUUGAAAUAUUCGGUCCAGAUUAAACUCAAUGUAUGUUGAAUCUAUGUUCUUCAAAAAAUGUAUAUCCAAUAUGAUUCGAUCACAUGAAUUUCAAAUACAAAGCUAAUCCAAAUCCUAGAGCUACAACCUCUAUAACAUACCACGAGAUAAACAACCUUAACAAACACAACACAACAAAACAACAAUAUAACCAUGCCACACACCCACUUCCUCCGCCUCACCCAUCUCACCCGCCUCACCCGCACCACAAUCCACAGCAAACCCAUCCUCCCCCUCACCCACCCCUUCACCCGUCCUAUAACCAACACCCCCUCCACUCAAUUCCCCCGCAAAGACUCCCAACAAAAAGACAGCAUCAACACCGAAGCCACAGAAUACAGUAAAUCCGGCACAGACGACGCAGCCGCCCGCGAACAAUCCGCAGCCUUCGAUCCCAACAUCACGAAUCCCGAAUCGGAAAAAGAUCAAGCGGGAAAAGGGGAGAAGAAGGAAGGUUAUGGUAAUCCGCUGGAGGUGAGUCCUGCGAAUAGGGAUGUGAGUAGACAGACGGGUGAAAUGGGUGGGGGCCUGAGGGAGUAAGGGGAUGUUAAUGUGAGAGUGGGGAGAGUGGGUUUGGGGGGGGAGAAGAAGGGGAAGGGGAGUGU